AGAGGGGAGAGAGAGAAAGAGAGAGAUACAAAAUCAGAAAUCAGAGAGAGAGAGAGAGAGAGAGAGAGAAAAGGCAGAAAGAAAAGAAAAAAGCAGAGGUCAGUUAGGAUGGUGGCUGGCAAGUAUAUGGGAAACAGAAGUUGAAUUUCAUGGCAACUGAUCCAAGAAAUUGAUCAAACAAAAUCUCCAUGGAGGAUGUUUAAAGCCACUUUUGCCCCUCCAGAACUCCCAACGGCCACCGAUUCCAUCAAUUUCUUCUCCUCUCUCCAGGGUUAGGUGGGGAAGAUAGCAAUGAACUCAUCAUCCACUAAAUUUUACAAUCCAGGAAGGAUGGGAUUGUAUGAACCGAUCCAUCAGAUUGGAAUGUGGGGAGAAACCUUUAAAAUCAAUGCCAAUUUAGAUACACCACCAUCUCUCGUUAUCCAAGCUGAAACCAAGCUAGAAAAUCAGUCAGAUGAUGCCUCUCUCGGCUCACUCGGAGAUCCUCACAUGUAUGACCAAGAAGAUACCAGACGCAUUGAUAAGAUUCAAAGACGUCUCGCCCAAAAUCGGGAAGCAGCUCGUAAAAGUCGCCUACGAAAGAAGGCCUAUAUCAAGCAAUUGGAAACAAGCCGCUUGAAACUCAUUCAAUUAGAGCAAGAGCUUGAAAAAGCGCGACAUCAAGGUCUGUUUUCUGGCUCCCGAUUUGAUGCUAACCAGUUGGGUUUCUCUGGAACCACAAAUUCAGGCAUCUCUGCCUUUGAAUCAGAGUACGAGCAAUGGGUAGAAGAGCAGAACAGGCAGAUUAGUGAUCUGAAGACUGCUGUGCAUGCUAAUAUUACCGAUAUCGAGCUUCGAAUACUUGUAGAGAAUGCAAUGAGACACUACUUUAAAUUUUUUCGCAUGAAAACGAAAGCUGCAAAAGCCGACGUCUCUUACAUAAUGUCAGGCAUGUGGAAAUCAUCAGCCGAAAGACUUUUCUUAUGGAUCGGAGGAUUUCGCCCUUCAGAACUGCUUAAGGUUUUAAUACCUCAGCUGGACACGUUAACUGAACAACAAAUUUCAGAAACUGGUAGUCUUAGGAAAUCGUGUCUACAAGCAGAAGAUGCUCUAAGACAAGGUAUGGAAAAACUCCAGCAAAAUCUAUUUGAGAGCGUGGUGGCUGGUCAGCUGGCUGAAGGAAGUUAUCCCCUACAGAUGACUGCUGCAAUGGAGAGAUUAGAAGCACUCGUUAGCUUUGUGAACCAGGCUGACCAUCUACGACAGGAAACAUUGCAACAGAUGUACAAAAUUCUAACGACUCGGCAGUCUGCUCAAGGGCUUCUUACACUAGGAGAGUUUUUCCAACGACUCCGAGCAUUGAGCUCGCUUUGGGGCAACCGUCCUUGUGAGCCUGCAUAGUCCACCAUCAACAAUUGCCAAGCUCAAAGUUGCUUCAACCCAUCAUGUCUAUUAUCCUCGAGAUCUGCAAGGUGCUUAUGUUGGUAGUAUACUGGUAAAGCAUUUAUAAUCAAAGAUGCAUAGUCUCUUUUACCACUGUGCAAGCGCCCUACAACACCCGUUUGUAAAUACCGAGAAAAUUUGUAAGUAUGAUUAAUUUUUGAAAUCUAUUGUAACGCCAAAGUUGUCUUGAAAGUAAUCCUAUUUAGGGUCGAUAUAAUCAAUCCUCAGAUUGAACAUUUUUGUGAUGUGAUGUAAAAUUAUUUUGGUGAACUGAUUACACUCAUAAAUGUUUGUGCA